GCAUGAUGAAGUCCCAGAGUGUCUCAGUCUUAUUCCUGCUAUCAAGCUUUUUAACAUUUAUCUCUUUGAACUUAGCAUAUGACAUCAAACCAUCUGGUAAGAUCCUACUGCAUUUUUUACAAUAUAGGUUUAACAUAGAUUUAAUAACAAAUAACAUAAAUAAUGCUUUACAUGUAUAUCAAAUAAAUACUACUGCAACAGAGAAUAUAUAUAUAUAUGUUCAUAUUUUGUACAGUAGUAGAGUAAUAUUGAUAAUGGAUAAAAUAAUAAUAUAAAUAAAAUGUGUUGCACAUAUAUCUAAAUGAACAUCUUGUUUCUUUUUGAAGCAAAUAAGAGAAACAAGUAUAAAUUUGUUAUUUUUUAGGCAUUUAGUCCAAGACAGUGAAUAAGCCCCCCCCCCCCCCUAGUUAGCGACAUGAGUGUUUGAAGGAGUCUGUAGAGCAGGUAUUUCGAACUCUGGCCCCUCAGAUGUUUCCGAACUACAACUCCCAUGAUUCUCUGACCAACUUUUGCACUCAUAUAAUUCUGGGAGUUGUGGGGAGCCAGAGUUUGAGAUCCCUGCUGUAUAGUAGUACAUUCCUCUGAGGUUGAGAUCCAGGAUUGAUAACACUUCAGAAUAUUCUUGGACAGUCCUGUUUUCAACCCAGUGUUUUGUCAUCCCAGGAUGCUUCUCUUUUGUCCUGUUUUUGGAGAAACCAUAGAAAGUCCCUAUAAAGAACAACACAUGUCCAUCAUUAAGCUGGCCCAGAGCACUUAGAGGACAUUGAGUAUUUCAAAUCAGGCAACGCAAUGUGCCAUUUCACUGUACAAAUGCAUUAUGCAACUGUAGCUGGCAGACACACAAACCUCUUUAGGAAUGCAUUUUCCACUACAUCUCAGUUGCAUACAUCACAACUUUGCUGCUGGGGGAAAUGAAGGUCAUGUGACCCUCGUGUCAAGCACGCCAGGCUCACACAUGGGCUUUUGGCGAGCCCACUACAGAGUGCAGCGUCGUCUGCAUGAUUCUAGUGCCUUCUGCACAAUGUGAGUGCAUCUAAUAAUGGUUUCCCCAGAUAUGGAACAUUAGGAAACAAAAUCAGGACGGCAGCACAGGACCCCAAAGUCAGGACUGUCUCACCAAAAGCAGGACAGUUGAGAGGCAUGCAGUUGUUACACAUGCUGUGUUGCUAAGCGUAUCCAACAGUACAAGAGAGUAGAAGAAAAGGAGUCAAGGUCACACCAAAAAAGUUCAACUCCAAAGGUGUCUAGAAAAUCAGGACGCUUGGCAAUUGUGCACUGCAUAAAAAGCAGGAUUAGCUCCAGAAAGCAGUUUGGCAAAACUCCGCUUUAUAAAUACUUCCAAAAUUACGUUGAACCCGGGACUUUCAAUACCAAACUGAUUCUGUUGCAGUUUACCUCUUCCAUAUGCAGCCAGUGGCUGAUAGCACACUCUGCUCCUAUUUUGAAGCUAGACCGACAGAUACUUUUUCCUGGAGCUUGCACAAGACUAUCAUACCUCUGAAAUAUUAUUUAACGGUUACUCAAACAUUUUUUAAUCGUAAAUAGUUUUUUUUCCUCAUAAAGCAUGAUGGGAAAUUUAUAUGUAGCUAGGUUCCUCCCCCUUAAACUGUGAAAAAACUUUUUAAAAAUUUACCCGGAAUUCAGUGUCGGAUGAGGCUCCCAGCAGUGAUCCUCAUCUGAAGUAAAAAUGAUCUCAUCUGACGACAAUAUUAUAGAUAUAUAUAUCUAUAUUAAUAAAUAUAUAUGUAUAUAACUCUAUAUAUCUAUGUAUAAAUACAUUAUUUUUUUUUAAAAUUACAUAUAUAUAUAUAUAUACAUAUUUAAAUUCUACAUAUAUAUUUUUGUAAUAUUUUUACAUAAUUAAGUAAUUUUAUUAAUUACAGUCUGAGGACCUGCCUGACAAACCAGGCAGAAAGUCCACAGAAUUUGGUUUGCAGGCUCUAUAUUUUACCCUGUAACUUUCUAACACACCAUAAAACCUGUACAUGUGGGUACCGUUUUACUCGGGAGACUUCGCUGAACACAAAUAUUAGUGUUUUAAAACAGUAAAAUGUAUUACAACGAUAUCGUCAGUGAAAGAGCCAUUUUUUGCUUUUUUUCACACACAAACGGCACUUUCACUGACGAUAUAAUUGUUGUGAUACGCUUUACGGUUCUCUAACGCUAAUAUUUCUGUUCAACGAAGUCUCCCAAGUAUAACAGUACCCCUCAUGUACAGGUUUUAUGAUGUUUUUAAAAGUUACAGAGUCAAAUAUAAGGCUUGCUUUCAUUUUUUUCACAAUGAUAUUUGCCAGAUUGGUUAUGUUGCCUUUGAGACCGUAUUAGCAUUAAACUUUGUUUUUUGCAAUUUUCACACACAAACAAAUGUGAACGCUAACUUUGGCCAGUGUUUGUGACUAAGUGGCUACUAAAAAAGACUGGACAUACCCCAUUUGUAAUACCUUGGGUUGCCUACUUUUGUAAAUGGUAUGCCGUCAUGGGGGUAAUUCUCAUUCCUCGGCUACCAUACACUCUCAAAGGCAACAUAACCAACCAGGCAAAUUUCAAUGUGAAAAAAAUGAAAAUCAAGCCUUAUAUUUGACCCUGUAACUCUCCAAAACCCCAUAAAACCUGUACAUUUGGGGUACUGUUUUACUCGUGAGACAUUGCUGAAUACAAAUAUGUGUAUUUUAUUACAGUAACAGCUAACAGUAUAAUGCUAUUCACAGUUAAAAUGCCAUGCAGAACUAAAAAAAAAAUAACAUUUAAUUUCUCAAUUGUUUUUAUAUCAAUAUUAAAUUAUGUUUCAUAUAUACAUUUUUGAUAUGACAUGAAAUCCCUGUUUCUCCUGAACAAAAUGAUAUAUAAUAAGUGUGUGUGCACUUAAUAUGAAAGAGGUGAAUUCUGGUUGAACAGACAUAUGGCGCAAAUUCAAAGUUUUGUUUACGUUUUGUUUUGAUCACAACUUGUACAACUGCCUCAGUCCUUAAGGGGUUAAAUGAUAAAUUCACUUAGAAUAACCCUUUAAAAUUAAUCCCAGUUUCACCUACACGGUGGCCGUUUUGAGAUGGAAAUCAGCAAUUCCAGGUGUAUUAUCUUUACCAAUGUGACAUAUUUUCUUGGUGUUUCUAUUGGUGGUUAAAUACAUAGACACCCACAUGGCAAGCAAUUCUUAAACUGUAAACUGAGAUACAUUAGACUCAUCCUGAUGUCAAAUGGGUCUCCACUGCACUGGGGAUGGCAGUGAUUCUACAGUAGAUCAUCUGUUGUUGGCCGUGGACCUGACUAAUAAUUUGUGCAUGUUUCAACUAGUGGGAUUGCUUGGAUCCCAACCCAAGUGUGAAAAACUCUUUGAACUUCCUUGUAGCCACUCCCAAAGAGAUAUGCAACUACUAUUAAGACACUAACUAGCUGAUUUGUUAUAUUUUGGCAUGGUCUGUCUUCCCUUGCAGGGCUGUCAAAUUGCCAAUCAAAUAAUGGGAUCAUAGGUGUGCUCACUAUAUUAGGGUGUGCAUACAGGCAUGCUUAGGUUUGCCAAAUUUCUGUAGCGCCUACGAGCAACAAACAAGUACAUGCACACAAAAAGAUUCAGAAGGGGUGAAAAAGGGGUUAUUCUAUAAAUUAAAAGUAUCACUUGGGACUGAAAUCAUUGCAUGUUAAAAUGCUGGAGAUGAUACAAGACAGGAUAUCAGAAGUGAAUAAAAAAGGUUCAUUUGUUUGUUCAUACUGUUAAUGUGUCUGCGAAUGCAGGUAUGUAUACACUGAUCAGCCACAACAUUAAAACCACUGACAGAGGAAGUGAAUAACAUUGAUUAUAUCGUUCAAUGGCACCCAUCGAGGGUUGAGGUAUAUUAGGUAGUAAGUGAACAGUCAGUUCUUGAAUUCCAUGUGUGUAAAAGAUGGUAGGUUUCUAGCGCAUAUAGUUGAAUAAUGGAGGCAACUCAGACAACCAAACCCCGAGUCUUUCUAUUCCGGUCCAGAAAAGGUGUGCAUGAUGGAGAGAAGGAGUAGUGUCCUAAGGGAUUCUCAAAUGAGGAAUAUGUAAAAGAGAAGAAAUGCCAAAUAUAGUGUAGAAGCUUAAGUAAGAAUAACUCAGAGAUAAUAGGAGAUGCACUUACACUUUUUAGAGCUAGGAGAAGCUCUAUUUUUUACACCUGGGCAGCACAUUACCAUACUGGGGAUGCCUUUAGCUCCAAUGACAGAUAUUCCAAGAAUUAUAAAAGAUAAACAGAAAGAUAAAAGUAAAUCCUAAUCUAGUGAAAUAUGUUGGAGUAUAAGGAUAAAAUCAAAGUGAAAAUACACUCACAGGUUUUGGAGCCUCCAACUGACUCCCAGAAAGCAGCAUCAAGUGGUAUAAUCCCCACUUACUUGUUUGUUAAUAGGAAAUCUCACAGAGCAUAUAUGCAGAUAAGAACAUAGAAUAAAAAAUAUAGUGCUCACUGUUGAUAAUGAAAGCACAUAAAACAAAAAUUGGAGAGGUACUCACUGUCAUGGAGCAAAAUAUCAGUUUUGCUCAGUCCACAUUGCACAGGUGGUAUGUGUAGCGUUACUCACCUUAUCCAGGGGCCGGCCGCGGUCCUCUCUACAAGCCGCGCGCGGUCCUGCUGCUGCACGAGCCGCGCGUGGCUCAUCCGACAGCUCCACUAGCAAGGCGGGCAGUGACCGCGAGAAGCGGUCACGUGUCCCGCCUGAAUCUAAGAGUGCGCCGCGAGUCUCGGGCGCGCUCUUAAAGAGACAGUGGGAGCCUAAAUUGUCAAAAGGCUCCCAUUGGCCCCUGUCAUACCACACUCCCCAUACACUUACCUUUUGGGGGUGUGGAUAUGACAGGAGCCAAUCACAUUAGUUUUGAAGCUAUUUAAACUUACCUCUCCCUUUACUCCCUGCCCUAUCGUGGUUUCUGUAUCAGUUCCCUUUAGCGCUUGUUGUGUUCAGUUGUGUUUCUCCGUAUUGACUUUGGCUUUGUUUCUGACUACGUUUUCUCUUAAUCCUUAUCUGUUCUGGUUGUCGGCUUGCUGUUUACUGUGUACCAGACCCCGGCUUGUCCUAGUUUACGCUGUCUCUCUGUGCCCUUGAUUUCGGAUCGUUCCUGACUCUGUCUCCUCUCAUAUACGUCGAGUCCGGCCAUUCUAAGGUCCGGUAGACGUAUCUCUCCUCUGUGUUGUCUUCUGUUUAGCUGAAUCCUGCGUGUUGGGGUAUAUUCUCGUUACAUUACGAUAGGGCCAUGGACCCCGCAGAUUUGGCUCAGCAAAUGGCUUCUCAUGAGGCAAGGUUUGUAGAGCAGGAUCACCGUAUGGAUCAGAUAGCACAGGCUCUCCAGACGCUCUUGUCUAGAACCAUUCCUGCAACCGCACCUAACCCUCCUACACCUCAUCCUCCCGAAGUAUCCAAUUCACCCAAUUCUUCGCCCCAUUUAACACCUCCUCCUAGGUAUGGAGGGGAAGCCAAGACAUGCAGAGGUUUUAUUAAUCAAAUAGAAUUCCACCUUGAGAUGUAUCCUCAUUCCUUUCCCACUGAUAGGUCUAAAGUGGGGUUUUUGAUGCAUCAACUUACUGACAAAGCACUUGAGUGGGCAAAUCCUAUUUGGGAGGCCAACGGACCUAUGGUUCAUAAUUUCAAUAGUUUUCUUACGGCUUUUCGUAGAACUUUUGACACAACAAAGAGGUCAAAGAAUGCCGCAAGAGCAUUAAUGAGGAUUAAAUAGGGGUCUAGGUCUGUGGCGGAUUAUGCUAUUCAGUUUCGUACCCUUGCUUCACAGGUAGAUUGGACCAAUAAUGGGUUAACUACUGCGUUCAUGGAAGGUUUAUCUGACACUAUAUUAGAUGAGGUAGCGGCAAGGGAGCUUCCUAUUCCAUUAGAGGAUCUUAUUGACUACCUCAUUGAUAUAGAUAAUAGAAUUCGCGACAGGCUCUAUACCAAAAACAAGAAUAGACGUCUGGUCACAUCUAUUAACCCCAGAGUUGAUAAACCUGAGAGUGUUAAAGUACCCGAGGAGGAACCCAUGCAAUUAGGGGUUGCCAAACUCUCGGAUACUGAAAAACUACUUAGAAGAAGGAAUGGACUCUGCCUAUACUGUGGUAGGCGAGACCAUAUGGUAAGGGAAUGUCCUUUGCGUCCGGAAAACUCUCGCACCUAAGACCUUAUAGGGGACUGGCCUUGGGUGUGAUCUCUAAGUCUCCUAAAUUGCCUCCUAAUCGUUUGCUUCUCCCUGUUUCCCUUCAUACGGGGGUGAGUUGUAUAGCAGAAUGCAUACUAGCCUUGGUUGAUUCUGGGGCUGCUGAGAACUUCAUUGACUCUGAGUUUGUUACGAAAAAUAACAUUCCCGUCAGAGAAAGGGAGAUACCCUUGGCCAUUGAGGCCAUAGAUGGUAGACCUUUAAAUACUCCAGUCGUUACCCAUGAAACUGUACCAUUAUUCAUGUACACAGGGGUUUUACACCUUGAGACCAUUCGGUUUCAGGUUAUCACCUCACCCUCUUCUCAUAUCGUGUUAGGGUACCCAUGGUUGUGUUCUCACAAUCCCAUUUUUGACUGGGAAUUGGGACAAUUAAAAUCAUGGGGUAAAACCUGCCACGACUCUUGUAUGAUUAAAGUCACCCCUUUAAAUACCAUUAAUGUUUCUACCACUCCUCCUUUGUCUACUGUUAUACCUCCUCAAUACUUGUUUCUCAAGACUGUAUUCGAUAAAAGGGAAGCUGAUAAAUUACCGCCUCACAGAUCCUAUGAUUGUGCUAUCGAUUUAUUGCCUGGCACUAUACCUCCUAAGGGCAGGGUGUACCCCUUAUCUAUUCAAGAAAACCGUAUCAUGGAGGAGUAUGUUAAAGAAUCACUAGAAAAGGGGUUCAUUAGGAGAUCCUCUUCUCCGGCUGGAGCAGGGUUUUUCUUUGUAUCUAAGAAAGAGGGUGAUUUAAGACCGUGUAUCGAUUAUAGAGGUCUAAACAAAAUCACUAUCAAAAAUGCAUACCCUAUACCUUUAAUUACAGAGUUAUUUGACAGGCUGAAACAUGCUACUGUGUUCACCAAAUUGGACCUUAGAGGUGCAUACAAUUUAAUACGCAUAAAAGAAGGUCACGAAUGGAAGACCGCAUUCAACACUAGAUCCGGUCAUUACGAAUAUACUGUUAUGCAAUUUGGUCUUUGCAAUGCCCCAGCAGUAUUUCAGGAAUUUAUUAAUGACGUCCUAAGAGACUUUAUUCACACAUUUGUAAUUGUAUACUUGGACGACAUAUUGAUAUAUUCUACAGAUUUACACACUCAUCACAGGCAUGUCACAACGGUAUUGAAGACCCUUCUUAAUAAUGGUCUUUACUGUAAACUAGAAAAAUGUUUAUUUGACCAAUCCGAAGUCCAGUUCUUGGGGUAUUUGAUUUCCGCCAAAGGGUUUCGUAUGGAUCCCCAGAAGCUUUCUGCGGUUAUAGAGUGGCCUCUACCACAGGGUUUGAAAGCAAUUCAACGUUUUCUUGGUUUCUCUAACUAUUAUAGACGCUUUAUUAAGGGUUUUUCUUCUAUUGUAGCACCUAUCACCCGUAUGACAAAAAAGGGUGGUAAUACUCGUGUCUGGUCUCCCGAGGCACUUCAGGCUUUCGACUUUCUUAAAACUACAUUCGCCUCGGCACCUAUUUUACAGCACCCUAUCCCCUCACUGCCUUAUAUUCUUGAAGUUGAUGCUUCUGAAAUCGGGGUAGGUGCUGUUUUGUCCCAAAGAGAAUCGCCUGAAAAGCCAUUGCAUCCUUGUGGCUUCUUUUCUAGACAAAUGUCCAAAGCUGAAAGGAAUUAUGAUGUGGGUAAUCGUGAACUCCUUGCUAUUAUCUUAGCCCUUAAAGAAUGGAGACAUCUGUUAGAAGGAACUAAGGAUCCUAUUCUAAUUUUUACAGAUCACAAGAAUCUAUCCUACCUUGGUGAAGCUAAAAGAUUAUCUUCUAGACAGGCCAGAUGGUCACUAUUUUUGUCCCGUUUCAAUUAUAUUAUCACCUAUAGGCCAGGUGAUCGCAACAUUAAAGCAGAUGCUCUGUCCAGACAGUUCGAAACUACUGACAAACAGGAGGUUGAUGUUACUCCUGUCAUUCCCCCAGACAGGAUAAUAGCCACUACUAUGUUGUCUAUUUCUUCAUCCCUCUUGCAGACCAUACAGGCGAAACAAAGUAUGGCACCUAGCGAGAGGCCUAUUGAUAAAUUGUUUGUUGAUGUUCCAGAGAGACGGGAGAUUCUGUCAUUAUAUCAUGAUACUAAGACUGCUGGACAUCCUGGUAUUACCAAAACGAUGUCAGCCGUUUCUCGAUAUUUUUGGUGGGGUUCCUUACGUAAGGAUGUCACUGACUAUAUAAGUGCUUGUACUACUUGUGCAUGUAUGAAAACGUCUCGUAGAGUUCCUUGUGGGCUUCUGCAUCCCUUACCAGUUCCCGAGAGACCUUGGUCUAACCUAUCCAUGGAUUUUAUUGUUGAAUUACCCCCUUCGAAUGGUAACACAGUCAUCCUGAUGAUAGUAGAUCGGUUUUCCAAGAUGGCUCACUUUGUGUCUCUUCGCAAGUUGCCCACAUCCAAGGAACUGGCUCUUAUCUUCGCUAGAGAAGUAUUUCGGUUACAUGGUAUUCCUGUAUCUAUCGUGUCCGAUAGGGGUCAAUUUAUAGUCAAUAUAAAUAGUCAAUUUAUUUCCAGGUUCUGGAAAGCCUUUUGCUCAGAAAUGGGUAUUUCUCUCUCAUUUUCUUCCGCUUACCAUCCCCAGUCUAAUGGAGCUGCUGAACGUGCCAACCAGUCUCUGGAGCAGUACCUUCGUUGUUUUGUGUCUCACCAUCAGGACAAUUGGUCUGACCUACUUCCUUGGGCUGAGUUUGCUCGAAAUAAUGCCACUCAUGAUUCUUCCGGCAAAAGCCCUUUUUACGUUGUCUAUGGCCAGCAUCCCGUUGUUCUUCCGGCUGCAUUCUCCUCACAGGGCAUGCCAGUUCUGGAUGAGCAUUUGGCUGGUUUGCGUAAUACUUGGGAGCAGGUUCAGCGUUCUUUGGUGGAUUCCGCUGCUCGCCAGAAGGCUCAGGCUGACAAGCAUCGCAGGGCGGCUCCUACUUAUGUUGUGGGGACAGGGUUUUGCUUUCCACGCGGAAUAUUCGCCUGCGGGUGCCUUCUAUGAAAUUGGCUCCCCGCUUCAUAGGUCCUUAUCGUAUACUGCAUAAGGUUAAUCCUGUUUCAUACGCCUUGGGUCUUCCUAGGAAUCUGCGUAUUCCUAAUGUGUUUCACACUUCGUUGUUAAAACCUUACGUACGCAACCGCUAUACCCGGCAUUCUCCGCCUCCCCCUCCUGUCUCCGUGGAGGGUCAUGAGGAAUUCGAAGUCUCUGCUGUUCUUGACUCUCGUUACCUUAGGGGUCGACUUCAGUACUUGGUGCAUUGGAAGGGUUAUGGGCCUGAGGAGCGCAGUUGGAUUUCAGUUGAUGCUGUUCACGCUCCCCGCCUUGUGCGUUCCUACCAUUCUCGUUUUCCUGCCAGGCCUGGCCCUACCCGCCCGGAGGGCGUGUCCUCAGGGAGGGGUACUGUAGCGUUACUCACCUUAUCCAGGGGCCGGCCGCGGUCCUCUCUUCAAGCCGCGCGCGGUCCUGCUGCUGCACGAGCCGCGCGCGGCUCAUCCGACAGCUCCACUAGCAAGGCGGGCAGUGACCGCGAGAAGCGGUCACGUGUCCCGCCUGAAUCUAAGAGCGCGCCGCGAGUCUCGGGCGCGCUCUUAAAGAGACAGUGGGAGCCUAAAUUGUCAAAAGGCUCCCAUUGGCCCCUGUCAUACCACACUCCCCAUACACUUACCUUUUGGGGGUGUGGAUAUGACAGGAGCCAAUCACAUUAGUUUUGAAGCUAUUUAAACUUACCUCUCCCUUUACUCCCUGCCCUAUCGUGGUUUCUGUAUCAGUUCCCUUUAGCGCUUGUUGUGUUCAGUUGUGUUUCUCCGUAUUGACUUUGGCUUUGUUUCUGACUACGUUUUCUCUUAAUCCUUAUCUGUUCUGGUUGUCGGCUUGCUGUUUACUGUGUACCAGACCCCGGCUUGUCCUAGUUUACGCUGUCUCUCUGUGCCCUUGAUUUCGGAUCGUUCCUGACUCUGUCUCCUCUCAUAUACGUCGAGUCCGGCCAUUCUAAGGUCCGGUAGACGUAUCUCUCCUCUGUGUUGUCAUCUGUUUAGCUGAAUCCUGCGUGUUGGGGUAUAUUCUCGUUACAGUAUGCUACCCACCAAAUGAAUGAGUGGUCCAACUCCGGGAAAAGGAAACCAGGGUAAGCCCAGUGAUAUAGUGAAAAAAAAAUACUUUAUUAACUCUUUCUUUAAAAUAAAUAUAACAGUAAAAGCAAUAUCAUAAAUGAAUAACACUGAUCUGUUUCACCUUCAGUAAGUCUUUCUCAAAGUGUUCACACAUCGAAAGACCCCCAGCUGCCACACACAAAGCCAGUUAUAACAUAUACUUUAAAAUGUAUAUAAAUGUAAAAAGGAAGCUAGUCCUAGCAGGUAAGGCGUCCUUCAUUUAUAUUUAUGCAGUGUAAUCACAAUGCUCAUAGAUGACUCACUGAGAACUUUAUGGCACCUGUUACUGAUGAAGUUCAACUUCAUUGGGCUGGGCAUUAAUUAAUGUAGUAACUUUAAAAUAACAUGUUUCUUGGUUUUUCAUUACAUGCAGAACAAUCAAACACUUGUCAAGGAAAGUUCAGUGACCCAUUUCUGUAUGUUAAGCAAGCAAUAAUCUAGAGGCGGAUUAAAAGGCCAAAUUCUGGAGGGGCAGUGCUAGACAUUAAUUAAGGAUUUCAAUUUGGAAAAUAGGCACGCACAUUUGCACAAAUACAUACACAAAAAUUGGUACAGUGACAAAUACCUAAAUUCACAAAUACACAAAUUCAUACAUAUGCCCAAACACAGAUACCCAUGCCCACAUACAAGUAGAUACACACAUUCAUAUAAACAACAUGUCUAUAGGCAUUUGAUGAAUGGUCAUUCCUUUAUCCCUUGUUGCCACGCAAGACAAAAAUGUCUCUGGUGAUCACCCUCUGGAUCUGUCAUGCUUUAAGCAUAGGUUUGAUGUAGUUAGGUCACUGUCCUACAGUAGUAUAAUUGUGUUGUCGAACAUCCACCAUAUUCCAAGCUACUUUAUUUCCUAGGAAAGAUUUGCACAUUUCUGAAGACAGGUGAGACAAGAAGGGUUGUUGGGUAGUUUGUAGUUCAUGGGCCGUUUUCCCUUAUGAAAAUGGAAUGAUUUUCAGAUCUGCUUUUAGCACAGUAGCAAAAAUGUUACAGGGUUAUGCACUGAAGUUAGAAUUCCAAGUGAAUCUCAAAUUCAAGGCAACAGCUGCACUGGAAACAUUCUCUAAGUUUGCUAUGGUCUUAAAGGACCACUAUAGUGCCAGGAAAACAUACUCGUUUUCCUGGCACUAUAGUGCCCUGAGGGUGCCCCCACCCUCAGGGUCCCCCUCCCGCCCGGCUCUGGAAGGGGGAAAGGGGUAAAAACUUACCUUUUUCCAGCGCUGGGCGUGGAGCUCUCCUCCUCCGAUCCUCCUCCGUUCCUCCUCCUGGGCUGAAUGCGCACGCGCGGCAGGAGCUGCGCGCGCAUUCAGCCCGUCGCAUAGGAAAGCAUUUACACAGUGAGAAGCACGCAAGCACCUCUAGUGGCUGUCAAUGAGACAGCCACUAGAGGAAUUGGGGGAAGGCUUAACCCAUUCAUAAACAUAGCAGUUUCUCUGAAACUGCUAUGUUUAUAAAAAAAAUGGGUUAACCCUAGAAGGACCAGGCACCCAGACCACUUUGUUAAGCUGAAGUGGUCUGGGUGCCUAGAGUGGUCCUUUAAAUUUGAUAUUCACUUGCAUUCUCAUUUUAGAGAAUUUAGAGAACCCUGUUAAUUUCAAAUAUUCAUUUCCAAGUAUCAACUUGUGAAUAUAUAUAGCAGUGGCAGCUUCUUGUCAGACUAGGUAGAGGAUAAAGAAGAUCCUGUACCGUGGUCUGUGAGCACUACAACAGGAGGUAAGAGCAACAAAAGAAAGAGGGGGGAGAGCAAGUUAAACAAGGGGAGUUAGAUGUACACAAAAGGGGGAGUAAGAGUCACAUAAAGGAGGGUUUAAAAACCCAAAAUGGUGCAAAAGGGGGUAUAAGAGACAAAAAAAAUAGGGAUGAGAUACAACAGGGACAACAGGAUGAAUAAGAUGGGCAAAAAGGGGUUAAGAGACGCAGGCAAAGAUGCAUGUGGCGGGGGAGGGCAGCAAAAUGUGUCUUUUGAUUGUGUUGCCAAAACUCAUUGCACCCUGACCAGAUCUGUUAAGUCCAGCAAAUUAAGGAUACUCACACAUAUAUUUCUGUAAGUGUUUCUAGAUCUCUAACUGAAUACAAAACUGAUUGGUACAUGUCAGUGUGGACAUUUAUACUGAUGUACAAAAAGUAUAAUUAACAACCUUCCAUUCCAUAUAUUUUUUAUUAGUGUAUCAUCAAUGUAAAUCUGCUUGUUUUAUUUUUUCCAGGGGAGUGCCCACCAUAUCCCCACAAUGUUCGUUGUUUGGCUAAUCCUAAAGAUUUGUGCAACGAUGUUGACAGCUGCGAUUGGGGCAGAAAGUGCUGUUUUAAUGGCUGCAUAUAUUUAUGUAUGAUCCCAGUCGGAGGUGAGAGAUGACAAUGAUUGAUUGAUGUUUGAAAUGCUAAGUACAUUUUGGCCGUAUUGACCACCCUUAAAAUAAAGAUUUUAGAUAAAAGGCAUAGUCACUUUUCAAUGUUUCCAUAAAGGUAAAUUGUUUAUUAAUGAAGGCCCACCUCAUAAAAAAUAUUCUGCAUGUAAAGGCCAAAUUUAAAAUGCACCUGACAUAAUUAACUCUUGUUGUAGAGUAUAAAAUUGUACAAACAAAAGUAUUUUAGCCCCUUAAGGACCAAACUUCUGGAAUAAAAGGGAAUCAUGACAUGUCACACAUGUCAUGUGUCCUUAAGGGGUUAAAAUUGUAUUAUUUAUCACUAUGGCUUUGACACAAUGUCAUCACUUACAUCCACUCUCCAUCCAAAUAAAGCUCAAGAUUCUGAUAGCUUCUGUGCACCCAUAUGUUAGCAAUCAUUUGGGAGAUAGCUGUAUGUGCAGUUGUUCUGUACACUCCAAGGUCACCCUAAGGUGAUUUGCUGAUAAUAUUGCCUGAAGGUAAAUCUGCCAUCUCUGCAAUCUGCAUACAACCGAUUCAUUUUAAAGUCAAAUAGAAACUCCCAGGGCAGUUUCUAAAAAAAAAUCUGGUUUCCUGGGAAAAUUUUAAAAAAAAUGCUCCCCCUAAAUUCUAGAGAACAACCUUCCCACAUAUCCCCUACUUAUGUACAUUUCACCCUCUCCAUUUAUUACACCAAAUUGUGUCCCUAUGACCUCAUUCUUCCUCAUGUUUCUCUUCCCCUGCUUAUAUUGUCACCCUUGUGUACCUCCUAGUUUCUCCUCUACUUCACCUCCCCCAGAAGUAACUUUCCAUCUCCCCACACUUCCCUCUGCAGAUGUGUAUUUUUACAUUGCAUUUUUCUAGUAUUUUGUUUUUCCUUUUGGAAUUCCUGAAAAUUCCUUUGGAAUUUCUUUCUACUUUUUCUCUCUUGUUGUAUCUCACACCACAUGUGUGUUUGUCACUCUGUUUUCCCCAACUUCACCCCAUGUCUUCUCAUUUCUUCUCACUCCGGUUCCCAGACUCCAAAACACUCUCUUUCAUUGUUUCUUCCCAAUUAGUGUAUCUUUUUCUCAUUGCCCAACUUUAUGUAUUUACAUAGGCUGAAAUGAGACACAUGUGCAUCUAGUUCAGCCUUUCUCAUAUCUGUUUUUGAUAUUAUUAUUAUUUUAUUAUUUAUAUAGUGCCAGCAAAUUCUGUAGUGCUGUACAAUGGGUGGACUAACAAACACGUAAUUGUAUCCAGACAAAUGGACACACAGGAACAGAGGGGUUGAGGGCCCUGCUCAAUGAGCUUACAUGUUAGAGAGAGUGCGGUAUACUGACACAACAGGUAUAAGUAGGGAUAAUGAAAUAGGUUGCUAGAAAAGUAUUAGGUUAUUUUUGACAGUUGCAGGAGAGGAGUCAUGGGUGGGGAUGGAGAAUUAAUGAAAACCUGCUAACAGUUUAAAUUAUAUGCUUUCCUGAAGAAAUGUGUUUUCAAAGAUUUUUUGAAGGAGUGGAGACUGGGUGAAUGUCUAACAGGGAACGGAAGGGAGUUCCACUGAAAUGGUGCAGCCCUUGAGAAGUCUUGGAGGCGAGCAUCAGAUUUGGGAGUACGGACAGAAGAUAGACGUAGGUCUUCGGCAGAGCACAGGGGCCUCAACGCGUCAUACUUGUGUAUUAGGGAGGAUAGGUACGUUGGAGCAGCAUUAUAUAGGGACUUGUAAGCAAGCACCAGAAUCUUAAAUUGAGCCCUAUAUCUAACUGGAAGCCACUGUAGGGACUGACAGAGGGGGGAGGCAUGGGAAGUGCGUGCGGACAGGAAAAUGAGCCUCACCGCCAAAUUCAUUAAUGAUUGCAGCGGUGCAAUCUGGGAACACGUAAGACCACUGAGAAGGGGAUUGCAGUAGUCAAGGCGAGAAAGAACAAUGGUAUGGACUAGCACCUUAGCCGUAUCUGGUGUUAAAAAGGGGCGGAUGCGAGUUAUGUUUUUGAGAUGGAAGCGGCAGGAUUUGGCGAUCGACUGGACAUAAGGGGUGAAGGAGAGGUCGGAGUCAAAGAGAACACAUAGGCAGCGAGCCUGCAAGGUAGAGGUGAUGGUGGCGCCGUUGAGAUGGAGGGAGACAGCCCCGGAAGUAGCAACACUUGAGGGAGGAAAAGUUCUGUUUUGGACAGGUUGAGUUUAAGGAAGUGAGCAGCCAUCCAGUUGAAAAUCGCGGAGAGGCAGUCAGAGACAUGAGUCAAGAUGGACGGAGAGAAAUCAGGAGAGGACAGGUAGAUUUGUGUGUCAUCUGCAUAAAAAUGGUAAUGGAAGCCAAAGGAGCUGAUGAGUUUACCAAAGGAAGGCAGUAUAGAUGGAGAACAGUAGGGGACCAAGGACAGAACCUUGUGGAUGCCAACAGAGUGGGAUUGGGGAAAUGAGGCAGAGCCAGAGAAAGAAACACAGAAAAAGUGCUGGAAGAGGUAGGAGGAUCACCAGGAGAGUGCAGCGCCUGCACCCCGACGGGUACCUCCGUCAAUCGCUGCUUCCUAGUACUGGCGAGUACCAUAAGCACUGCACUGGAACACCAUAACCACCGUAAACCCCACGAACCACCGCAGCUUGGUUUGGGUCUCGCCGUCCUCAAUCCACCCUGGACCCAAGAUCAGGAUCCAGCUUCCAGUGGGUAGGCCUCUCUCUUAGUCCCGAGAGCGUAGCAGGAACAGCUCUUACAAAAGCUUCGUGAUUAUACUCAGGGGAGUAUAGUGAUUAUAGCAAUCCCCAGAGUAGUUCUCCAAUCCCCCAAACAUGAGCCAAGACUUCAUGAAGGUGCAAGAUGAUCUGAGCUUUAAUGGUUCAGGUUGGCUUUUAUACAAUUCUUCAGGCCAGGCACAGGAACACAAAGUACACAAACCAAUCAGAACAAACAUACAGUCUGUGACACGCCCAGGUACAGCACACAAUCCCUCCCCUCUGCUUGAGAGAUAAUUGAGUAAAGUCCUGUAAGUAACUCAAUUAUCUCCAAGCAGAAAAACCACAUUUUCACAAAGUUCAGAAAGUACCCAAAACAUAACAUACCCACAUAGCCCUGUUUGGGGUGAACAACAUAUCCAAAAAUCACCCAGAUCAGAGCAGGGGUUCAAAAGUUUCAUGGAAGUCUCUUUUUGACCGGCCGCAAGCAUGGUUUCAUGCCCAAAACAGUUCCAGAGAAUCAGGGCUUGCGGCCGGUCUAGUUUGGUAGUUUGCAAACGAACAAACUACCGAAUGGAGUCAAUAGUCUUACCCUGGAGCUUGUUCCCUUCAUCCAGACGAAUGAUCUCACUGAACAGUGCCCUUCUAAGUUGAAUAGAAACAAACGCAGGCGAUGAUGGAAGUCCAGCGGUGUUAGGGAGUUUCUGUAUCCGAUUUCAGUUCCAUGAUAUUCAUGCCCAAACACCACUGCCUGCGUUCAUGCGAACAAGAUGGCCGCCACCUUGUGGUUGUUCAUAGGAAUUGCAACCACCCAGACGAACAAUUAGAACACUGCGGUGAGAAAUGUUCCAAGUUGUUAAUAGGUGUUAACAAGCUCCAGGGUGGUCUCUGUUUGUGCGCUUGUUCGGUAAACAAACCAUAUAGUCACAAUUACACGAACAGAGCCUGUUUGGAGUAUAUUAGCCAGUUCUAUUGCAGGGGCCAUAGUCACAGGGUAGGAGGCCCAUCCAAAAACUUGUGGCAAACUCACAGAAAAAGGAGAGUUUGUCACAUGCAGUAUCUCAUAGACCGAGAUUAGUCCCUUUAUUACUCCCACUUUUUUCCUCUAACCACCAUAUGUGUCUAUUUCUCAAUCUCCCUACAUUUUGUGGGUUUUCUCCACUUGUCUAUGGCCAUCUUCUUCUUGUCUUGACAUGUGGAGGCAUCUUGAGCAAUGGGAGGGAAGACUCUUUGAGGAUCUAGUGCUGCUGUGUUUAUGUUUAUAAUGUGUCCAGUUUGCCUGACCCUGGAAACAGGCUUGUCACUUUUGAGUUUUGAGUUUCUUAUAAAGAUAAAAUAAGGAUUAUCACCUAAACAAUGAUAUGACAGGCAGAACACAAUCUCUAUAAUGACAAUAUCUAAAUGUUCCUUCUUAAAUGUUGAUAUGAGAAUUAGGAGAUAAACUGUAAGCCAUAUUAGCAACCUGCAAAUACGGUCAUGUACAACACAAAUCUAGACUUACACUUAGUUAACUCACUCACGUGGGGUACAAGAGAUGUAUACUGUUCUUGUUUAUAAACCUGCAACCUAAACCAUAAAAAUGUGCAAUGUACACUAAUGCCCAAUAUUGUCUUGAAAUGUUGACAUCUCGGCUGGUACAUGCUGUUGUGGCAUUGCCUGCUACUAUGUAUUUUAUGAGCACAAUAAAAUAAAGAAUUUAAAAAAAAUACGGUCAUGUGAGGGCAGAACAGUGUAGUUCGAAACUGCACUCGAAGAGUCUAUAACAAAUACUUGACCAAAAACAAUGUAAAAUGUCCAAUAGCAGUGCAACACGGGAAUUUGACAUAGGACUCCAAAAGGAAACAAAGAUAUACAAAGCUUAAAAUAAGUGAGUGAUGUUUACUGUACAUUUACCAGAGCAGGUAAGAACAAGUCCAGAAUGCAGGGAAGAGAGAAACCAGGCCUUACAGAUCGCAUGGUCCGUUAACCAAAAGCUGAGUCGAGUACCAGGAAAUCUGUCCAAGAAUAAGCAGAGACACAAUAGGGAGAUCCAAGAACAUAGAUUAGCAGAACCCAGGGUAUGAGCAGUUGGAGUAAUCAGGUAAUUUGAGAUGAGGUUCACAAGUGUUAUACACUUGUAAACAGACUGGGGAAGACUCCAUAAUUGAUCAACAGUUUACAACAGCACUGGCUUUAAAUAGAUAGGUAAUAGAAACAAGCUGCGGUAAUUAACCCUUUGCUAAAAUAGAGGUUCCUGGCAAUAAUGAAAGUAUGUAAACCACAAUAGUUAACCCUUGCUAUGUAGACAUUCUAACUCUAUCCUUAUCUAUAUAAGGCACACCUUUUAGCAAAAUGCGGCAAACCUAGAAGCAGAAUCCAUAACCACAUCUGGUUCUUUCACCUUCUCUAAAAUAGAACUGUCACACAUCUUUGCAUUUUUGACUACCGCCACUUACAUAGUUACAUAACUGAAAAGAGACUUGCGUCCGUCAAGUUUAGCCUUCCUCACAUUUAUUUUUUUGCUGUUGAUCCAAAUACAUACAUAGUGACACUAGUGGAGAAGAGGGAAAGGUAGAUUUGCUAACCUGAACCUCUCUCUCAUGUUGUAUACCUUCUUGCUUGCCUGUCCAAACCUAGGGUUUCUGGAUGAUUCUUGAGACUGUGAUAAGUUGCAUAGAUGAUCUUGCACAUGUGCAUAGGAUGCCAUAGGCACUUUGCACGAGGAGAUGCCUGUCUCCAUCAGCUGUUGCUCAUGGUGUGGUACAUAAGUGUGUAUGUUUGUCUCUAAACAUGAUUUGUGAUUACAGUUUAUUUUCUAAAAGAAGCACAAACUGAGAUGAGCCACCGGUUUAAGGACUGGGAGAAUCUCAAACUCAAUGUUCUGAGGGUGGGGUCAUGGGAGACGUCAAUGGCAAGAGUGAAUUAAGUUUUGUUUUAGGCUUGUGUUUUAGGUGCAUCUACAACUUAAAGUGUUUAUAUACUAUAUUUGGUUAAAAUGUACCCUCUUCUUAUUUUCUAGGCUCUCCAUCAGGCCGUCCAACAAAAUCUCCAUUUUUUCCACCACCGUUCAUUCCAGAUCCCAUUAUACCUCCUUUCAAACCUUGGCCUCUUCCAAAACCUCGUCCUGAUCACCCUCCUUACAAACCAGAGCCAUUUAAACCUGACCUUCCUCCAAUUUUUGUUCCACCUCCUGAAUUUCCUGAGGAACCCUUUCCUGAGGAACCCUUCCCUGACAACAGAUAUAACAAUUGGAGAUAAAGAUUUUUUAAAUGGUUUCUGCAUGAUCAAAAAUCAGAAGAUAAGACAUAGUAAAAAGCAAUAUUAUGAAAUAACUAUUUGGAUUUGAGUUCUUUUUUAUAGGCAUAAUUUUACACAUUGUUUCAAAAAUAGUCAAGACUUUGGGCCUAACAGAAUGUUCCCUCCAUGGAAUCUUAGCAUAGUGCUGAUUUCAAGAGAAAUCAGAACAUUUAUAAAGUGGCAAGGUUGCACUCUCCCAGGAGUCUCAACUAUCAGUUAGGCAGCUGAGACAAAGAUCUCCCUGAUUGAUUUGUGUCCCAGUACUAAUCAAAGUCCUAUAUUACUCAUAGAGGCCAUAUAAUACUCAAUCGUCCUUUAUAAGCAUUUGAUUGCCUGGGACAUCAUCAGUAGUGAUAAUUUGUGAGCAUGCAGAUUCAAG